GAACGCCUCAGGGCGGCCGCCGCGGCCCCAGACCGGCGCAGAGGCGGGAGAGACGCGGACCAAUCAGAGGCCGCUCUGUGCGCUCGUCCCGCCCCUGCCCUCGAGUCCGGCCUGUCUCCGGCCUCCUGACUGGGGUGUGCGCCCCUCUCGGCCCGCCCCCGCCUCUGAGUGACAGCACCGUGGACAGCAACAGUGGCCUCCGGACUCGAAGUUUGUCGACCCUUGCCUUGGCAGAGCUGAGCAGGCAUUUUGGAGAUCAAAGAUGGGUAAAAAGGAUGCUUCCACUGUAAAACUUCCUGUUGAUCAGUAUCGAAAGCAAAUUGGUAAACAGGAUUAUAAAAAAACCAAACCUAUUUUACGAGCAACCAGAUUAAAAGCAGAAGCAAGGAAAACAGCGAUAGGCAUAAAGGAAGUUGGCCUUGUGCUUGCAGCUAUAUUUGCCCUCCUACUGGCUUUUUAUGCCUUCUUUUAUCUCAGACUGUCAUCAGAGGUCGAACCUGAACUAGACCCAAAUGAAGAUUAGCUGAAGAGUAUUCAAUGCCUGAAACAGAAAUAAUUUUAUAAAAGCAUCUUUGGGACCAGUACUUUCUGAAGUACUGACACUGCAACAUCUUGAAUUCUUCCUGCUGAUGUAUUCAUUUUACAGACACAUCUUUUUAAAUAGUUGUCUGACAUAUCAAGAGAGGAAUCUCACGUAGCAAGAUAGUAUAAUAUAUGGCAGCCAACACUUUUGUAAAUCUUUCUGCUUUGACAAGUAACCGUGGUGCAUUUAAAUAAAAUGGAAAAUAUCCCCAA